AACUCGUCAACACUUUCAAUUCUAAGGCACGCGAUAAUAGGCGUCAAGCGGCAGCGCCAGCGUGGGGCAAGUGCCGACCUGUAGGCGCAUGAUAAUCCGAGGCCGUUCAUUGGCCAAUGGCCGCAUCAAUGUUCCUCCGCACCCACCGUUCCACGGGCGAAAGCUCCAGUCUUCCAGAUUCGUUGACGACCAGACCAGACCAGCUCAUUGCCGGAUGACGAGCACGACUCUACUCCCUCUCGGCCAUUGAUAUCGACGCGCACGAGGCGCAUACGGAGGACCCUCGACCUCGAUCCCAGUCCUCUCCUCUCCUCUCCUCUCCACCGCGUCACAAUGGCUUCGCCACUACGAGCGUUCGCUGGCCGAGGCGCCAGCCGACUCUGCCUCCGUCCGGCCUCGAUACCGACCACCUCACGAUCCUUCGCUACCACGUGCUACCGCAAGUACGCGACGCCUACGCCCGACCUCAGCGCUCGUCUCAUUCCCGUCGACGAAGACUUCAAGAACCCGAAUGAUCCCUAUGGCGCCCACACCCUCCAGGAGGGUCUCACGCAAAAGUCGCGCGACAACUCGGUCGAGGACCGCAAGGUCAGGCACUACACCGUCAACUUUGGUCCUCAGCAUCCUGCCGCCCACGGUGUGUUGCGUCUCAUCCUCGAGCUGAACGGUGAAGAGAUCAUCCGUGCGGAUCCCCACGUCGGUCUCCUCCACCGCGGUACCGAGAAGUUGAUCGAGUACAAGACCUACCUGCAGGCUCUGCCCUACUUUGACCGUCUGGACUAUGUCUCGAUGAUGACCAACGAGCAGUGCUUCGCACUCGCCGUCGAAAAGCUGCUGAAUGUCGAGAUCCCCGAGCGUGCCAAGUUCAUCCGCACCCUGUUUGGUGAGAUCACCCGCGUCCUGAACCAUCUCAUGUCCGUCCUCUCCCACGCCAUGGAUGUCGGUGCUUUGACGCCCUUCCUCUGGGGCUUUGAGGAGCGUGAGAAGCUCAUGGAGUUUUACGAGCGUGUGUCGGGUGCUCGUCUGCACGCGGCCUACGUUCGCCCCGGUGGUGUCCACCAGGAUAUCCCCGCUGGUCUGCUGGACGAUAUCUACCAGUGGGCCACCCAAUUCGGUGACCGUAUCGACGAGACCGAGGAGAUGCUGACGGACAACCGUAUCUGGAUUGAGCGUCUCCGUGGUGUCGGUGUCGUCACUGCUGCUGAUGCCCUGAACCUGUCCUUCACCGGCCCUAUGCUCCGCGGCUCGGGUGUGCCAUGGGACAUCCGCAAGAGCCAGCCUUACGAUGCCUACGACCAGGUUGAGUUCGACGUCCCCGUCGGCACCAACGGUGACUGCUACGACCGUUACCUUAUCCGCAUGGAGGAGUUCCGCCAGUCCCUCCGCAUCAUCCACCAGUGCCUCAACAAGAUGCCUGCUGGUCCCGUGCGCGUGGAGGACUACAAGGUCGCCCCUCCCCCGCGUGCCGCCAUGAAGGAGAACAUGGAGGCUCUCAUCCACCACUUCCUCCUCUACACCAAGGGUUACUCCGUGCCCCCCGGUGACACAUACUCGGCGAUCGAGGCCCCCAAGGGCGAGAUGGGUGUCUACGUUGUGAGUGAUGGCAGUGAGCGCCCGUACAGGUGUCACAUUCGUGCUCCUGGGUUCGCGCACUUGGGUGGUUUCGACCACGUCUCAAAGGGUCACUUGUUGGCUGACGCUGUUGCGGUCAUUGGUACUAUGGAUCUGGUGUUCGGUGAGGUUGAUCGGUAGAGGCGGCAUGCACAGACAACUAGAAUGGGUUUUCUUUGUUUUGUAACCAUAGCUGACAAGAGGAUCAAACCAGAGUAUAUACCUUUCCUCAGUGGUAGUUGUGACCAAAUGUACGGUU